AUGCAGCAGCUUGCAAGCUUCGACGCGGCCCUGCUGUGGCCGAAUGACCUUCAUCAGAGGACCUUCCACGAGAUCUAUCGUAUGGCGAUGCCUCUCUUCAUGCCGGACUCUUCCGGGCUCUUCCGAGCUCAGCGGAUGUCCAACUGGGGCUACGCCUCCUACGGCGCUCAACUGGCAGAGCUUGAACCGCAAGACAGGCAUCCUUUUCCACCCUGGUGGAAUUCCUUCAACGUGACGCCGGAGGUGGUGACUUAUUGGGAGCGCUAUUCAGACUGGCAGAUGCCCCACGUGCAGCGCUUCUCCAGCCUGCCCGGGUUGAUUGUCCAGCUGGAGCGUCUUGAUCUUCAUCAGACCUCCGCGCAGAUGCGCGCCUACCACCUGGAGCUGUGCGAGGCAACUCUCAUACUGAUCUCUCAGCAGAUCCUGCCAAUCCUGGCCUGA